UCGAAUCGAUUGCACUGGUUCAAGGCGAUUCUGUGUCGAUUUCAGCGACGGUGAGCGGAGAACUUCUAUCCACGGCGUUUCCACGGGGGUAAGACCGAGCUCCUGCUUGGGUCUCUGACGGCCACCAACCCCCAGAGGUUCAGGCUCCUCGCUUCUCGUUUUCCCAUCUCAUAUGACGCGUCCGAGUCCGCAAUUCUUCGUUGUUCAGUCCCACAAAGGUUGCGUUCUUGCUCAGACAACCACUGUCUAGCUGACGCGACUCUUCCGUCAAAAAUCUUCCACACCAACGGGAAGCCGCCAUUUCUGAAACUUGGGUGCUCUUUAUAUAGCCGCAUUCGUAUCAAAUUCUCAUGAAAAUUUGAUCCUCUGGUUCAUUUCGAAUUGCCACAGCGAGACUUUGUGAUUCAAUCAUGGCGCGCAACACCACCCUUCUGUGCGUCCCGUUGGUGGCGUCGUCCGUGGAACAGAUGCUGAGCCAGAUGGAUCAAGCUAAGGACGCCGGAGCAGAUCUUGUGGAGAUCAGAUUGGACCACAUUCAGGGCUUUCAACCCCACCAAGAUCUCGAGACCUUGCUCAAACACGGGAAACUGCCCGCCCUUGUGACGUAUAGACCAAAGUGGGAGGGUGGUCAAUAUGAAGGUGAUGAGCACGAAAGAUUGAAUGUGCUUCGUUUAGCUAUGGAAUUAGGUGCUGACUAUGUGGAUGUUGAGCUCCAGGUUGCUACUGACUUCAUAAGUUCCAUAUCUGCAAAGAAGCCUGAGAAGUGCAAGGUCAUUGUUUCAUCACAUAACUAUCAAAUCACUCCCUCCAGUGAUGAACUAAGUGACCUAGUUGCAAGAAUUCAAGCAACUGGAGCUGAUAUAGUGAAAAUUGCCACAACAGCCACUGAUAUUACAGAUGUAGCACGUAUGUUUCAAGUAAUGGUGCAUUGUCAGAAUAUUCUUCAGGUCCCAAUUAUUGGAUUGGUUAUGGGAGACCGAGGAAUUAUAUCUCGAGUUCUGUGCCCCAAGUAUGGUGGGUACCUUACUUUUGGUACUCUUGAAGCUGGUAAAGAAUCUGCUCCUGGUCAACCUACACUGAAGACUUUGCUAGAUUUAUACAAUAUAAGGCAGAUUGGACCUGAUACCAAAGUAUUUGGCAUUAUUGGAAAGCCAGUAGGACAUAGCAAGGGUCCUAUUUUAUACAACACAACAUUCAAGCGUGUUGGUUUCAAUGGAGUCUAUGUACAUCUGUUGGUGGAUGACCUUGCACGUUUCCUUAAUACAUAUGCAUCACCAGACUUCCCGGGUUUCAGUUGUACUAUUCCUCAUAAGGAGGCUGCAGUUGUAUGCUGUGAUGAAGUAGAUCCAAUAGCAAAGAGUAUUGGAGCUGUAAAUACAAUUGUAAGGCGGGGAAGUGAUGGGAAGCUGGUUGGAUACAAUACUGACUAUCACGGUGCAAUAUCUGCCAUUGAAGAUGGACUUAGAGGUUCAAUUGCCAAUGUUAAUGAAGCCAAUUCACCCCUUGACGGCAAACUAUUUGUUGUCAUUGGAGCUGGAGGAGCCGGUAAAGCACUUGCUUAUGGUGCAAAAGAAAAAGGCGCAAAAGUUGUCAUAGCCAACCGCACUUUCGAACGAGCCAGAGAACUUGCCAAUUUAGUCGGUGCUGAAGCUAUUACAUUGGCUGAACUAGAAAAUUUCCAUCCAGAAGAAGGCAUGAUACUCGCAAAUACCACUUCUAUUGGUAUGCAGCCAAAAAUAGAGGAGACACCCGUGCCAAAGCACGCUCUGAAGUCAUACGCUCUUGUUUUUGACGCGGUCUAUACACCUAAAAAUACAAGACUUUUGCGGGAAGCAGAGGAGUCAGGAGCCAUCCCAGUUAGCGGUGUGGAGAUGUUUCUCAGACAGGCAAAGGGACAGUUUGAACACUUCACUGGUUUGCCUGCUCCUGAGGAUGUAAUGCGUGAUGCUGUUCUGAGCAAGAUGUAGGAGAAACCACGAAAUCCAUUUUGGGAUAACGGAAGUAGUAUUGUCUGUUCAACUGUACUGUAGGUGGUAAAAAAAUUUCUUUUAUUGUUACGAUUAAUUUUGCAAUCAUCCUGGCUCUGCUCCUGGAAUGCCGAGUUAUUUGCUUGUUGUAUGAAUUGUCUCUUCUUUUGGAGGAUGGACUAGAAACUGUGUAUUGUAUUUGCCUUUAAUGGCAGUGUUGAUGCAAUGAGAUUAGUGGUCAUGAAUCUGUC